UCGAGGGCCCCUUUGCCUAUCAUGGCCACGGAGAUCGACCCUGAAAAGACGCAAUACACUGAGGGCAGUGCCCAUGGCAGCGAGCGCAACAUCGUCAAGGAGAAAGGCAAUGCCGUUGGCGAGGCCGCUGCCUUGUAUGGAGACGUCAAAACCGCCGAGGAUCUUGGCUAUGUCGAGCGUGGUCUCAAGUCGCGACACAUCCAGUUUAUUGCCCUCGGUGGUACAAUCGGUACCGGUCUUUUUCUCGGUAUCGGUACUGCUUUCGCCAAUGCUGGCCCCGUCUCUGUUCUUCUCGGGUACACCUUCACUGGUGUCGGCAUCUUCGGUAUGAUGCAGUGCCUCGGGGAGAUGACCACCUGGCUUCCUCUACCUGGUGCUAUCCCUCAGUACGCUGCCCGCUACGUUGACCCUGCUCUUGGUUUUGCCGUAGGGUGGAACAAUUGGUAUCAGUGUGCCAUCACCCUGUGCACUGAAAUAUCUGCCGCUGCUGUUGUUAUCAGUUUUUGGGAUACUGAAACAAAAGUCAACCCUGCUGUGUGGAUUACCAUCAUCCUUGUCCUCAUCGUUGCCUUGAACAUCUUCGCCGUAUCGAUUUAUGGAGAAGCCGAGUUCACCUUUGCCGCCAUCAAGAUCAUCACCAUCCUGAUUCUCCUCAUGACUGGGCUUGUCAUCUUUCUUGGUGGUGCCCCGGAUAAGGAUCGUCGUGGUUUCCGCUACUGGAAAGAGGGCGCCAUGAAAGAGUAUGUUGGCACUGGAGACACCGGGCGCUUCACUGGACUCUGGAGUACGCUCGUAAAUGCCGCCUUCUCCUACGGAGGAGUCGAAAUGGUCGCUGUAGCUGCUGGUGAGGCUGAGAACCCCAAGAAGAAUAUCCCCAAGGCUGUCCGCCGUAUCUUCUGGCGCAUCUUGUUCUUCUAUGUUCUUGGCUCCUUCUUCAUCGGCGUGUGCAUCAGCUCCAAUGACAAACAGUUGACUGACGACAAUGCAUCCGGUGCCCAAAAGUCUCCUUGGGUCAUUGCUUGCAAGAACGCUGGAAUUCCAGUUCUUCCUCACAUCAUCAAUGCUGUCAUUUUGACCUCAGCUUCAUCGUCCGGAAACGCCUACCUGUAUACUGGCUCACGUUAUCUUUUCGCUGUUGCUCAGAACGGACAUGCGCCCCGGUUCCUUCUCAAGUGUUCCAAGAACGGUGUUCCAUACUACUGCGUGGCCAUCACAGCCUCAAUUGGCCUUCUCACUUAUAUGAGCGUCUCGGCUGGUGCCAACACGGUCUUCCUUUGGUUCCAGAACCUAGUCACCGUUGCUCAGUUGUUCACUUGGUGUGUCAUUUGUAUCACCUACCUUCAAUUCCGCAAAGCACUCGCUCUCCAGGGUGUUGAUCGCAACACACUCGAUUUCAAAUCACCAUUUCAACCUUACACUGCGUGGGCCGCUUUUGCUUACUUUGCUCUCAUCAUCCUUUUCAAUGGAUUCAAAGUCUUCACUGGACCAACUAGAACCCACUGGGGCCCUGAUGAGCUUACGGGCUUCUUCACUGCUUAUGUCGGUAUUCUCAUCUUCUUCCUUCUCUACGGCGCUUGGAAGAUUAUCAAGAGGACCAAGGUGGUCAACCCUGCUGAGGCAGACAUCUUCACUGGGAGGGCGGCUUUGAAUGCUGAGGUCUGGCCAGAGCAGAUCCCCAAGAACAUUUUUGAAAAGUUCUGGUACUGGCUUUGCUAG